AUGCAGGUCAUUCAACCUUCUGAUCACCAUCGGUUCUUUGGAGCCCAGCUUCAGGGAUGGAUCCUUCACCAUAUACGACAGGAACACACCAGCCUCGAGUUUGGUAUUAUCUGCUGGUCCCUUUGGAGGACCAGAAACGAUCGGGUCUUCACGGGUAAGAUCGUGACCACUGAAACCUUCCUUCAGCGCAUCCGGGCAUGGAUAAAUUUCGUGCGGAAUGCUCAGGACAAAGACAGACUAAUCCACUCGUCUCGUCUGCCCAUCAGAACGGAGGUGGAGAUCUCUUGGAAGCCACCACCUCCCGAGUGGGUAACUCUCAAUUCGGAUGGCUCCGUUACUACCGAAUCAGGACACGCGGCUGUUGGUGGCUUGAUUCGAGAUCACACAGGACGUUGUCUAGCAGCGUUUGCGAUGAACCUGGGGAUGUGCUCUAUCACCCGGGCAGAAUUGAGAGGCGUUAUGGAAGGUUUACAGUUGGCUUGGGACAUGGGGUUUAGACGUGUCCGAGUUGAGUUGGAUUCUCGCUGUGCAGUCUAG